UAAUACUGAGAACUACUUAUAUUUAUAUUUAUAUUUAUAUAGAUCUGUUUAUAUUCUCUUUCGAUCUUUUGGCUAUAUAACAGUACAUAAAUGGAGCAAGAGAUGGCGGACAUUGAAGCACAUGCUAAUAAUGAAGAGCAUAGAGCAAAAGCAGCCGCCAUCUUUAAGAGUGUUAAUCGUCCUGUUACUUUGAAGAAUCUAGUGAAACAAAUUUUCAACCUGAGAAGACACUAUAUAUUUAUUGUACAGUUUGAAGAUGUGGUCUACAAGGUUGCACUCAGUAAAGCAGGCUCAUGUCAGAAGGGCAUAAAACUUGAAGAAAAAGUGAUCUUAAAAGGAAUCACAGGCAUUGUUCUGCCAGGUGAAAUGCUAGCCAUAUUAGGUCCUUCAGGGAGUGGCAAAACGACGCUAUUGACUGCCUUAGGGGGCAAACUUGGUGGACACCUUGGCGGUGCAAUAACCUACAAUGGCAAGCCCUUCUCCAAUGCAAUGAAGCGAAACACAGGAUUCGUUACUCAAGAUGAUGUUUUCUACCCUCACUUGACUGUCGUCGAAACAUUAAUCUUCACUGCCCUUCUGAGAUUAUCUAACAGUCUAACAAAAGAAAACAAAAUCAAGCUGGCUGAGGCUGUGAUUAAUCAACUUGGUUUAAAUAGGUGCAAGAAUAGCAUAAUAGGGGGGCCGUUCUUGAGAGGGGUUUCAGGAGGUGAGCGAAAAAGAGUUAGUAUAGGACAAGAAAUGCUCAUAAACCCUAGCCUUCUAUUCUUGGAUGAACCAACUUCAGGUCUUGAUUCUACAACAGCUCAAAGGAUUGUUUCCAUUGUCUGGGAGCAAGCGAAAGUGGGAAGAACAAUUAUUACGACUAUACACCAGCCUUCAAGUAUGCUGUUUUACAUGUUUGAUAAGGUGCUAUUGUUAUCAGACGGGAAUCCUUUGUACUUUGGGAAAGGAUCUGAAGUAAUGGAUUACUUUUCUAGCGUUGGAUAUACACCUUCAGUUGCCAUGAAUCCUUCGGAUUUCAUUUUGGAUCUUGCAAAUGGUAUAUCACCAUGUAGCGAUUCGAGCGAUAACCAAGCCACAGUCAAGUCUCUAGUUUCUGCCUACAAGAGCACUCUUUCUGAAAAAUUGAAGGCAGAGGUUCAAGAAAUUGAUAAUCAGCUUCAAGAUGGAGUAGAAGAUAAGCAGUUUGAAAAGUGGGCCACAACUUGGUGGCAACAGUUUACAGUGUUGUUUAGAAGAGGAGUGAAAGAAAGGAAACAUCAGUCCUUUUCUGGUCUCAAGAUUGGGCAGGUCCUAGUAGUAGCCUUGCUUGCAGGUUUAAUAUGGUGGCAAUCUGUUACUUCGCACUUGCAUGAUCAAAUUGGGCUCCUCUUUUUUUACUCUGUAUUCUGGGGUUUCUUCCCUCUAUUUCAAGCCAUCUUCACCUUUCCCCAAGAACGCAGAAUGCUCGCAAAAGAGCGAUCUUCAGGAAUGUAUAGGCUGUCAUCAUAUUUCAUGUCAAGGAUGAUUAGUGACCUUCCCAUGGAACUUGUCCUUCCAACAAUUUUCGUUACCAUAACCUACUGGAUGACAGGGCUUAAACGCACAGCUCAAAACUUCUUACAAACCUUAUCUGUUCUCUUAUUUAAUGUACUAGCAGCCCAAGGUCUAGGCCUGGCUCUUGGUGCAGUGGUGAUGAACCAAAAAUCUGCAGCUGUACUAGGAUCAGUAAUCAUGCUAUCCUUCCUACUAGCUGGUGGGUACUAUGUCCAACAUGUUCCUCCCUUCAUGGGAUGGAUUAAGUACAUCUCCAUUAGCCAGCACGCAUUCAAGCUCUUGCUGGGAUCUCAGUACAAUUCUAGUGACAAAUAUCCGUGUGGUAAUAGUGGGGAUUUUUGCUUGGUUGGGGAUUAUCCUUUAAUAAAGAUUGUGGGGCUUGAUAGGCAAGUUCUCUCUGCGAUUGCUCUGGGGAUUAUGCUUGUGGGUUACAGGGUCAUUGCUUAUCUUGCUCUUAUGAGGGUUGGAGUGACUAGAAAGUAGAGUGUGCAUUAUAAUCUCUGAAUUCUGGCUCUCUCAAAUACUUGUAAAAAAAAAAAAAAUUUGAGGAUGAGCUAACUGGUUACAAUAAGUAACCCCAAGCAUUUCAAUAUUGUACAAAACCAAGCAACCGCCAUAAAUAAUUGAAAUUUAAUUUUCUAAU